CGGCUCCGCCCCGCUCCUCGCGCGGGGUCCGCUUCUGCGGCUGCGUUCCCCGAAAGACGAGGCUGCGCUCCGGUUCCGGUCCGCAGGGAGACCGAAGGGCACCGCUCCCCGUGCCGCCCGCGCUGCCCGCGCCCCGGAGUGCCGACACCCCAGGGAUGUGAGUGCAUCCCCCGACCCGAGGCCCGCGCUCCACGCCUCCAUCCGCGGCCGGCGCCACAGAAGACCCCCGCCCACAGCGCCCGCGCCUUCCCGAGGCCCGCCUGGAGCAUGUUGCCUGCAGCCAUGAAGGGCCUCGGCCUGGUGCUGCUGGCCGCUCUGCUGUGCUCUGCUCCCGCCCGUGGCCUGUGGUGCCAGGACUGCACGCUGACCACCAACUCCAGCCAUUGCACCCCGAAGCAGUGCCCGCCCUCGGACACAGUGUGUGCCAGCGUCCGGAUCACUGAUCCCAGCAGCAGCAGGAAGGAUCAUUCGGUGAACAAGAUGUGUGCCUCAUCCUGCGACUUCGUUAAGCGGCACUUUUUCUCAGACUAUCUGAUGGGCUUCAUUAACUCUGGGAUCUUGAAAGUGGACGUGGACUGCUGCGAGAAGGAUUUGUGCAACGGGGUGUCCGGGGUGGGGGGCAGCCCCUGGGUCCUGGCCGGAGGGCUCCUGCUCAGCCUAGGGCCUGCCCUCCUCUGGGCUGGGCCCUGAGGUUCCCUCCCUCCUGCAGGGCUUCUGAGCUUGCUCCUCGGAGCCUGUGGUUGCCCCCUCCCCAGCCUGGCCCGGCUGGGGCUGAGGACAGCCUUGGCUGGGCUCCAUGGUCUGUGGCCCUCGCCCCUCCCCGAGACGUGAGACCUCCCUGUCUCUCCACCAGCUUCGAGUCCCAGCCAGCAGGACAUCUCCAGGAAACCAGGCGUUGGGCAGGAGGCCCGGGGUUGAGGGCAGGAGGCUGGGACCCCCAGGUCUCUGAGCCAGGCCCAGCCCAGCAGCCUGGCUGUGAGGGCAUCUUCCAUGGAGAAAUAAAGUCACUUGUGAGUCCAGAGA